CCCAGAACUAUUCGAACCCGCAUUUGACCCACCCACCCGAUUUCUAAUCUCCUCACCAACGCCCAAUUUGGGUAUACCUAUCAAAAUCGGAUCCAGAUCCUAACACGUAUCAUCACCGGGUUCUCUGUCCGUCUCCCUUCUCUCCUAACCCUAUCAUUUUCUGCCGGACCCUCUUAUCGGACUCUAACAUCAUAACCACCACCCACUCUCUCUCUCUAAAGUGUUGGUAAUCUGAAGCCUAUGCGAUGGAAAUAUCAAAUGAUCCAGGUACUAAGAAACCAAAAAGGCUAACAUCGGUUGUUUGGAAUCACUUUGAAAGGGUUAGAAAGGCUGACAUCUGCUAUGCUGUUUGUGUGCAUUGUAAUAAGAGACUUAGUGGAUCAAGUAACAGUGGAACUACUCAUCUGAGAAAUCACUUGAUGCGGUGUUUGAAAAGAUCAAAUUUUGACGUGUCUCAAUUACUUGCUGCAAAGAGAAGGAAGAAAGAUAAUACCAUCAGUCUAGCAAACAUUAGUUUUGAUGAAGGUCAGAGGAAAGAAGAAUAUAUAAAGCCAACGAUUAUCAAGUUUGAACAAGAGCAUAAGAAGGAUGAUAUCAUUAGCUUCGGAAGUAGUAAAUUUGAUCAGGAAAGGAGUCAACUUGAUCUUGCACGCAUGAUCAUAUUACAUGGAUACCCAUUGAGCUUGGUUGAACAAGUAGGAUUCAAGGUCUUUGUGAAGAACCUCCAGCCUCUCUUUGAGUUUAUGCCAAACAGUGCUGUAGAGAUUUCUUGUAUAGAUAUCUAUAGGAGGGAGAAAGAGAAAAUGUAUGAUAUGAUAAACAAACUACAAGGUAGGAUUAAUCUGUCUAUUGAAAUGUGGUCUUCAGCAGAAAAUUCUUCGUAUUUAUGCCUGUCUGCUCAUUAUAUUGACGAGGAAUGGACAUUACAGAAGAAAAUCUUGAACUUUGUCACACUUGAUUCUUUGCACACUGAAGACUUACUUCCAGAAGUGAUUAUCAAAUGUCUCAAUGAAUGGGAUAUUGAUGGCAAGCUUUUUGCCUUGAUACUUGAUGAUUGUUCCAUAGAUGAUGACAUCACCCUUAGAAUAAAGGAGCGAGUUUCUGAGAAAAGGCCUUUCUUAAGUACUCGUCAGUUACUUGACAUACGCUCUGCAGCACAUCUCAUAAAUUCCAUUGCUCAAGAUGCCAUGGAUGCGUUACAGGAAGUGAUCCAAAAGAUUAGAGAGAGUAUCAGAUAUGUUAGAAGUUCACAAUUAGUGCAGGCAAAAUUUAAUGAAAUUGCUCAGCAUGCUACAGUUAACACGCAGAAGGUGUUGUUUCUUGAUUUUCCUGUUCAGUGGAAGUCUACAUAUCUCAUGCUUGAAACUGCGGUAGAAUACAGGAGUGCUUUUUCUCUCUUCCAAGAUCACGAUCCCUCUUAUUCAUCAACACUAACUGAUGAAGAGUGGGAAUGGGCCACUUCAGUUACUGGAUACUUAAAACUUUUAGUUGAAAUUACAAACGUAUUUUCGGCCAACAAAUUUCCUACUGCUAAUAUAUAUUUCCCUGAGAUUUGUGAUGUCCAUAUUCAGUUAAUUGAUUGGUGCAGAAGUUCAGAUAGUUUUCUUAGUCCCAUGGCUUUGAAGAUGAAAGCCAAAUUUGACAAGUACUGGAGCAAGUGCAGUUUGGCAUUAGCUCUCGCUGCUGUUCUAGAUCCUCGGUUUAAAAUGAAAUUGGUUGAGUACUACUACUCCCUGAUUUAUGGCAGCACUGCUCUGGAGCGUAUCAAGGAAGUGUCUGAUGGUAUCAAAGAACUUUUUAACGCAUAUUCUAUUUGUUCAACUAUGAUUGAUCAAGGCUCAGCCUUGCCUGGUAGCAGUUUGCCUAGUACUAGUUGUAGUUCCAGAGACAGGCUAAAAGGCUUUGACAGAUUCCUUCAUGAGACAUCACAGAGCCAGUCUAUGACAUCAGACUUGGACAAGUAUUUAGAGGAACCCAUCUUUCCACGUAAUUCUGAUUUUAACAUAUUGAACUGGUGGAAAGUCCACAUGCCAAGGUACCCAAUUUUGUCUAUGAUGGCACGUGAUGUUCUAGGGACUCCAAUGUCAACUUUGGCUCCGGAAUUGGCAUUUGGCACUGGGGGCAGAGUGCUAGAUUCUUCUCGUAGUUCACUAAACCCAGAUACAAGAGAGGCUUUGAUAUGUACCCAAGAUUGGCUCCGAAAUGAAUCUGGAGAUCUAAAUCCAUCCCCAAUCCACUCUGCUCUACCUCUUCUCAUCGAAUGAAGUUAAUUUUACAAUGGUAUGCUUCAGUAAAACUGGCCUUAUGGAAGAAGCAUCUUAGAAUUCUCAAAUUGGCCCUUGUUCCCCGCGUCAUUUGUAGCAGGGAAGUGAUCUAUCUUUGUGAAAAUAUUCUGUGAAGAUGCACUGUAUAUUCUUAGACCAACAAUGUAGAUUUUUUUUAUACUUAUAGAGAUCUCUUCUCGGUUAGAUGCUUUUAUUGGACUAGCAUUCGGCUGAAUCUGAUUUUGUAUAGAGGGUUGCAUGCCCUUGAUAUCAAAAUCGCUCCUUGCCUGAGUUUUCUUU